AUGGCCACUGCACUAGAAUACUCUUCAGAGCAAUUAAACUACUACAGGAUUUGCUAUGUUGUCACCGAUGUACUAACAGAGGGCUUGCGAAUAAUUUUUAAACAAGAGUGGGACAAUCGCUACCGGAGAACGUGGGGAGAAUGGAAAGAUCAACCUAACAAUGGACUGGACUUUUGGAAUGGCGAAUCCUCGCGAAGCAGAAGCCGAAACACACGUCUGCUGACAGCCAUGAAAAACGGUGACACGGCUGAAUGGGAUUGCACCAUGCUGUUUUACGCCAUUCUUUAUUCAGACUGCAUCCAUGGCCUGAAUUCAACCGUUAAAUCACACGUGGAUGACCUCAGGAAGUUGCGUAAUGAAGACUUUGCGCAUAUGCCACGAGGACACCUUUCGGAAAAAGAUUUCCAAACUGUGAUUUUUAAAGUUAAAAAUGCAUUUGUUGCACUCGGUCUUCCCACACAGAAAAUCCAAGAUGUUCAAAAUCAAACAAGUUUCCCAACGGAAGAAUUGACAAAUAUCUUAAAGACGGUUGACGAUCUUAAUCAAGACCUUCAAGAGAAUAAAAGGAAACUUCAAGACAAAGACAAUGAGCUUCUCGAGAGGAGUAAGGAGCUGCUAGAAAAAGAAGAGCAGCGACAGGUCCUUGAGCAGCAGCUUCUUACAUCUGUGUCUCCAUUUUGUGUUCUUCCCCUAAAACCUACACACGACGUCACAGGCCGCGAUUCUGAGGUUAGUAAAAUUUCCCAACAGCUCAGAGCCCUCAGAUAUGCUAAUAAUGAUGCUCUAAGCACCUUGUAUAUAUCUGGAAAUCCGGGAAGUGGGAAAUCGCAGCUGGCCCGUUUGGUAGCCAAGCGAUUUUACGACGAAGUCAAAGAAAAUCCUUACACUACUUCAUUUGUUAUGACUCUGAAUGCUGAAAAUUCGGAAACGCUUUUGGAAUCCUAUGUCGUUUUCGCUCGACACUGUAAAUGUCCAGAGUAUGCGGUUACAAACACUCUCAACUCCACAGACCUAUUUGCAGACGAAAAGGUUAGAAGUCUUAAGACGCUGAUAGGCGCGAGAAUUUCUUACUAUACGUCAUGGCUGCUGGUAGUCGAUAACGUCUCUAAUGUGUCUCAAAUACAUGGACACUUACCAGAUGCAGGAGACGAACAGUGGGUAAGAGGCCAGUUGCUGAUAACAACACAAGACGCUGUUUCUAUCCCUUUGACAAAUUCUGCAAUCCAACAUGUCUCAGUCAGCAAAGGAAUGCAUCCAGAUGAUGCCCGCUCGUUGUUAACACUCCUGUCAGGGGUGAAUGACGGUGAAAUGGAAGAUGAAGUUGUACAGGCAUUAGACUAUCAACCUCUUUCCUUAGCGAGUGCCUCCCUCUAUGUGCGACAAGUUCGGCAGAGUAAAGUAUCUGUGAAUUUUGGCUGGGGCGACUAUCUGGAGAAACUUGUAGGCGGUCGACAAAAUACGACAGAGACUAUUCUUACUGAGACAAAUCCAAGCUACAAGCAGUCCAUGACAACAGCAAUAACACUUGCAGUGGAAAAAGCGAUGACGACCGACAGAGUUGUUAAUCACCUGUUCACUUUUCUUGCUCUUUGUUCACCUCAGCCAAUACCUCAAGACGUCGCUGUCAAUUACAUCAUGGAAAUGGAUGAAGAAUUUAGUGAUAAAGAGUGGAUUGCAUCGAGGAUAAAUCGAUGUUCAUUGUUAUUAUCUGAAGAAGAAGGAGACAGCGUCUAUAUCCGAGUGCAUGGAGUUGUUCGAUUUGUACUUGAUUCUUUAAAAACAAAUUAUGCAAAGGAUUUAUUCAUCAAAGCCGUCGUUGGGGCUGUUGCAUCAUUUGCCAAGGUCGAUGACUUUGAUACCUUUAUCAUCGGCUCAAAAGUUGUUCCCCACCUAAGAAAAUUGAUCCUAAAGGAUAAAUAUCUGUUUCCUGUACAAGAAUUAUCUCAAUUCAGCAGAAUGGGUGUUAUUCCCCUACAAGAUUAUCUUAAUGACCUUCCGAUCCUCGGAGAAAUGUGUCUCGACCAUUGUGAAUACGAAGCUGCGAUGAAUUACUUCGAAGUGGCCAUGGAAAUCAAACACUCAUGUAACGCAAACGACACUCUGGGAAAAGCAAAACUGUACCUUUGAGUGGGAACCGCACACAAAUAUAAGGGUAACUUAGAGCAAGCGAAGAAGUACUGUGAAAGUGCACUGGACAUUCUCCUAAAGCAGCUCGGACCUGAGCAUGUAGAUGUCGCAAAAUCUUACAAUAACCUGGGUAUUGUAUACAGUGGUCAAGGUGAUUUCCAGCAAGCAAAGGAGUAUUAUGCACGUGCAUUGGACGUUUAUGUGAAACAGCAUGGACCUGAGCAUGUAAAUGUAGCAACUUCUUACGAUAACCUGGGUACUGUAUACAGAAAUCUAGGUGAUUUCCAGCAAGCACGGGACAGCCAUGCACGUGCACUGAACAUUCGUCUGAAACAGCUCAGACCUGAGCAUGUAGAUGUCGCAGCUUCUUAUAAUAACCUGGGUACUGUAUACAGAAAUCUAGGUGAUUUCCAGCAAGCACAGGACUACUAUGCACGUGCACUGGACAUUCGUCUCAAACAGCUCGGACCUGAGCAUGUAGAUGUCGCAGCUUCUUACAACAACAUGGGUACUGUAUACAGAAAUCUAGGUGAUUUCCAGCAAACACAGGACUACUAUGCACGUGCACUGGGCAUUCGUCUUAAACAGCUCGGACCUAAGCAUGCAGAUGUCGCAGCUUCUUACAAUAACCUGGGUAUUGUAUACAGUGAUCUAGGUGAUUUCCAGCAAGCGAAGGACAACUAUGCACGUGCACUGGACAUUCGUCUUAAACAGCUCGGACCUGAGCAUGUCGAUGUUGCAACUUCUUACAAUAACCUGGGUAUUGUAUACAGUGAUCUAGGUGAUUUCCAGCAAGCACAGGACAACUAUGCACGUGCACUGGACAUUUAUGUGAAAAAGCUCGGACCUGAGCAUGUAGAUGUCGCAGCUUCUUACAAUAACCUGGGUAUUGUAUACAGAAAUCUAGGUGAUUUCCAGCAAGCACAGGACUCCCAUACACGUGCACUGGACAUUCGUCUCAAACAGUUCGGACCUGAGCAUGUAGAUGCCGCAGCUUCUUACAAUAACCUCGGUAUUGUAUACAGUGAUCUAGGUAAUUUCCAGGAAGCACAGGACUACUAUGCACAUGCACUAGACAUUUAUGUGAAACAGCUCGGACCUGAGCAUGUACAUGUCGCAACUUCUUACAAUAACCUGGGUACUGUAUACAGAAAUCUAGGUGAUUUCCAGCAAGCACAGGACAGCCAUGCACGUGCACUGGACAUUCGUCUCAAACAGCUCGGACCUGAGCAUGUAGAUGUUGCAACUUCUUGCAAUAACCUGGGUACUGUAUACAGAAAUCUAGGUGAUUUCCAGCAAGCAAAGGACAACCACGCACGUGCAAUGGACAUUCUUCUGAAACAGCUCGGACCUGAUCAUCUUGAAGUUGGAAAAAUUUAUAAAAAUGUUGGUGACGCACACAAUGCACAGGGUCAUGAUGGGGAGGCGAAAAGAAACUAUGAUCGUGCUUUGGCGAUUUAUGUUCGAAGCCUUGGGCCUGAGCAUGUUGAUGUUAGAAUUAUUCAAAAUAAGCUGGCUCAACUACUGCAG